AUGGGAGGACGGAGGAUGGCAAGAGAUGGAGAAAAUGCCUACGAUCCCGAGGCCGCGCAGCUCCUGCAGGAGCCCAAACUGAGGCUCCUCCUGGUGGGGAAAUCGGGAACCGGGAAGAGCGCCACGGGGAACAGCAUCCUGGGCCAGGACUGCUUCCCGUCCCGGCUCAGCGCCACGCCCGUGACCACGACCUGCGCCGUGGGGACGUGCAGGUGGGGCCGGUGGCACCUGGAGGUCCUGGACACGCCGGACCUUUUCAGCUACGGCAUCCCCGACUCGGACCCGCGGUGGUGGGAGCGGGGCCGCUGCGUCCUGCUCUCGGCGCCGGGGCCCCACGUCCUGCUGCUGGUGACCCAGCUGGGCCGCUUCACCCCCGGGGACCAGCUGGCCGUGAGCGCCAUGAAGGCCAUUUUCGGGGACGCCGUGCUGGCGCGCACCAUCGUGGUCUUCACGCGCGGGGAGGACCUGGCAGGGGGGUCCCUGCGGGAGUACGUGCGCGACGGCGACAACCGCGCGCUGCGCGAGCUGGUGGCCGAGUGCGGGCACCGCGUGUGCGCCUUCAACAACCGGGCCACGGGCGGCCAGCGGGAGGCGCAGGUGGCCGAGCUGAUGGCGCAGGUGGAGCAGCUGCUCAGGGCCCAGGGCGGCGGCCCCUACACCGGCGGGCCCUUCCAGCUGGCACAGACCCCGGGCUUGGGCAGCGCCCAGGACCAGCUGCGCAGGGUGGCCGGGAGUGUGAACGCAAGCAUGAACGCGAGCAUGAACGCGCGCAUGCACCAGUCCCUACUGCUACUCCUACUCGGGUUGCUGGCGUGUCCUUAUCUAUGGUCAGAUGAUCUGGAAUUCUCUGUUUCCUUCUUUCCCAGCAGCUUGGCUGGUGGCUGCCAGGGGAUCUCCUCCGUGCUUCCUCCUUAUCUGCCUGUGCGCACCUUCCUGCUGCGUCCCUGCUGUCCCUUCGUAGUACGAGACCCUCAAUUUGUUUGGCUUCACAGACCUGCGAACAGGAGUCCCAGCGCGCAGUGCCUGAGAAUGGAGGAACUUCAGGGGAGCAAAUAUGGAGCUCUGGCUGAAGGCAGCAGAGCAGGUGCCGGAUUUGACGCUUCAUCCUCCUUGAGGAUCGUUCUGGUGGGCAAAUCAGGCAGCGGGAAAAGCGCCACCGGGAACAGCAUCCUCUGUCGGCCAGCGUUUGAGUCCCACGUGGGGGCCCAGAGCGUGACCAGGCAGUGCCAGGAGGCCAGGGGCACUUGGGAAGGGAGGAGCAUCCUGGUGGUGGACACGCCCCCCAUCUUCGACGCCGGGCCCCCCACUCCAGACCUGUACAAGAACAUCGGGGACUGCUACCUGCUGGCCGCCCCCGGGCCCCACGUGCUGCUGCUGGUCACUCAGCUGGGCCGCUUCACCGCUCACGACGCCGAGGCCGUCAGGAGGGUGAAGGAGGUCUUUGGGCCACGGGCCAUGAGACACGUGAUCGUCCUCUUCACCCACAAGGAGGACCUGGGGGGCGAUCCCCUGGCUGACUACCUGGGCAGCGUGAGGGACUCGGGGCUGCCCGGGCUCCUGCGGGAGUGCGGGAGGAGGUUCUGCGGCUUCAACAACCGGGCCACGGGCGCCGAGCAGCGCCGGCAGCUGGCCGAGCUCAUGGGCCAGGUGGAGAGUCUGGAGCGGGAGCUGCAGGGCGGCUUCCUGAGCUCCGAGCUGUCCCGGGAGGCGCAGCUGCUGCUGCAGCAGCGGAGCGCGGGGGCCGAGUGCGCGGAGCAGCGCGCGCGCUACCUGGGCCUGGUGCGGGGCGAGCUGGAGAAGCAGAGGCGGGCGGUGGCCGCGGCCCAGGGAAGCUGCGUGAGGAACGGGCUCCGCAGAAUCCAGAGCUGGAUGGCGUCUCAUGUCUGGCUUUCUGCUUUUCUCCUUAUUGGCAUUUUAAUUUGCCUGGCUAUUUUAAUUAACUUUGCUUUCACUCAUGGACGCUGA